CCAGACAGCCACAUGACUAAUUCUUGGACAGAGAUGAUAUAUUAAGGGGUGUGUCAUGUGUGUGUGAGCAUGUAUACAUAUAAGUCAAAAGAUAUGCUGCAUAAGAAGAGUGAGUGCUUUUGCUAGCUAUAGCCCACCUUGUAUCCCCUUCCCUUAAAUUGUCAAUUCUUUCCAAGAUUCCUUCUAUGCCUUCAGAGUAGUAACCAUGGAAACUUCCCAGCCUCUUUCUAUUGAAAGCUUCUCAUACAGUUGGUUAGUGAACCUAAGGCCAUCAUCACUAGAAAGCCUAGAAAGCUCCCUAAGAACCUCCCUUGAUGCAUCUGAUGAAGCUUCCUUCAUUGAGAUGGACCCAAGAAUGCCACCCUCUAAAAGAUUCUUCAAGAACUCACAGGACUCCAAAUUUGACUUCCCAAUUUCACAGUCCCCUCUCACUCUUGUCCAUGCAGACGAACUCUUUUCCAAUGGCUAUCUCAUGCCACUCUUUGUUGAGUCAUUGCAAAUGGAAGAAUAUGAGUCCUCAGACUCCAACACAAGCCUGGUCUCAUCAUCUUCACAUGCACCAACGAGUGAGGCUCCUACAGGCCCUUCUAGAUGCCUUUCCUUAAAAAGGUGCAGAACAUUGUCAAGGAGAGUGUUUCAGAAGUAUCUGAAUUUCUUGAGGCCUUUGUGUAGAAAGCUGAGGGUUCAUAAGUCUAGUACUGAAGCUGUUGCUAAAAGAGGUGAGGCUGUGAAGAAUAGGAGAUACUAUUCAGACACUACUUCACCGCGAACUAGUGUAGCCUUUUCUGCUGAUGAUUGGCGCUACUCUUGUGAUUCUGAAAGCUCAAUAUACGAAGCAGUUCUCCAUUGCAAAAGAUCCAUUGGAGAAUGAGUUAAGGAAUCUGCAAAAGGGGAAGGAGAAGAUGAAGAUAAAUGAGAAGGGAUUAAAGUCGAUCCACUGUCACUGUAAAACCUUUUAUACUAUGAGGGAAAAAAGUAUGGAACUUUGUUGUUAUAGCUAAAAGCUUUUUCACUUCUUGUGGAAGUUUUUGACCAUAUUUUCAGUAGGUGGCAUCUGAAUCUGAUGGUUCACUAAUAGUACACGGCAGUGGAUUCAAAUCAAAUUCACAAAAAAAAAAAAAGGAGGAAAGAAAGAAUAAUAGUCACAUGUGAGCUGAAUAUGCAUGAAGCCAAAGUAUCAUCAGCCACUCAUUCUGUCCCUAUUCUCUCCUCUGCUUAAAUGAUAAAGGGAUAUCAUAGGGAAAUGUUAUGUGGUUGGUUAGUCACUAGUCAAGCUUUUUGCACUCAAAUUUGAGGGAAAAUAAAAAGUUGAUACGGCUCAAUUUUAUUUUUUAAUCUUGUUACUAUACGGAGGAACACUUUUACUACAAAUAAUUAAGAAUAAGAAUCUGCUUCCCUAUUAUAGUAAUGUAAAAAUCUUAUAAAUAAUUUUGGAAUUAGAAAUGUGUGCUAAAUUGUUUUGUAUAAUGAUGCCAAUCAGUUUAUAGA